AAUACAUAUCAACUGUAGAACAGAAACAAAUCCAGGCGACAAUAAACGAUUUAAUUCUUGUCCUGAACCUGAACAAGAAACACGUCCUAAUUCUUCGAUUCUAAUUGUUUUUUUCUGCAUAUAUUUUUUUUCUUCUGUGGUUGGAUUGAAGUUGGAAUUGAAACAAGUUAAAAGAAUCAGAUCAUAGGGGCUAUGAGGAUGAUGGAAUGGUCUGCAGCAUCUGCUACAAACGCUUAUUUUCAUACCCUAAAACUGUGCAAUGACUCUGGGAGACAAUGUGGCUCAUGGAAAACACAAGAGCCAGGCAGCAAUGAAUUUGUUUCAGCCUUGGCUGCCGGCAUGAAUGCCAAACUCAUAGUGGAGGUGACCUCAACUGUUUCGCCAUCUACAAUAGCCCUAGGAGCUGCUGCAAAACAGACAGGAGGAAAACUGGUUUGCAUUCUUUCCGAGCCAGUCCUUGAUGAAUCAAAGAAAGUAAUCAGAGACUCAGGCCUUAAAGACUCAGUCGAGUUCAAGACCGGUAACCCUUCUGAGCUGUUGUCGAAUUAUGAGAACAUUGAUUUCUCUCUGGUUGAUUGCAAGAAUGAUGAGUACACAAGGCUGCUGAAGUUGCUAGAUGUUAACCCUAGAAAAUCAGUGGUUGUGGCUAAUAACUUGGUUGGUGAAAGAAAAGGGUUGGAAGGGCAUUUGGGAGUGAAGGGAAAGAAGGUUCCUGUGAGGUCUACGAAGAAUUCCAUAGGGAAAGGAAUGGAGGUCACCAUGAUCGGGAAGAACACUGAGGUUGGCAAGGGAAAUUGGCGUGGAGGAAGUAAGAGGAGAAGUGGUAAGAGUAAAUGGGUUGUUAAGGUUGAUGAGCAGAGUGGUGAGGAGCAUAUCUUUAGGGUGCCUGGCUAAAUCACUUUUCAUGUUUUCUUUCGCUAUCAAACUUGCAAAGGGGAGAGAAAUGAUGAGGAUAUCUUUAUGGUGAUAAACGCUCUGUCUUCCUCGGCCAUCUUGAUCUGGUUAUAUGAAGAGAAAGCAUCCAUAAAGGACAGCAUCCCAUGUCCAGCGGUGAGUGGUGAUUGUGGAUGCCUCCCCUCCCCUCCAAUUGUUGCCUCAGUACUUUGAAUGCUGCAUGAAAUUUAUGGAAGAAUCUUAGCCAUCCCGGUUCUAUUUCAUGUUCUGAGACAAAUAAUAGAAGAUAUACAACCUUGUUACAAGGAUGCUGUCUGACUACGAAAAAUGCCACUAUUUUUUGUCAUUAUGUAGCAAAGAAAAGCCCAAAUGUCUAGUGAUUAAUUUGUUGACUGUACUUUUUGUAUGAAGUCUCUAAUUCUAUGUAUUGCUGAAAACCUCAUCAAUAAUUAUUGUACAUCAAGUCAACUUCUUUACCCGUUUUCACUUAUGGUGUAAUUUGUUGCUCUUAGAUUCGGUUUAGGGCAUGAGAUGCUUUUGAAUGCAAUUAUAAGCCCUUCAUUAUGGUAUCUUUAUGGUAUCUUGUAAUACACAAGAAGUCGACUUCA